AUGGAACAAUAGGUAAAGUUAGUAGCUUUAGGUUUUCACUGCACAUAAAACUAAAAAUUCUCUGAAUUUGCACUCUCUCCUCUUGAUCGGAAAAUGGAUCAUCGUAUUGCAGCAUGUUUCGCAAUUCUCAGUUUGUUAAUGGCUACUUCCUCUGCUAUCCAGAUUGGCGCGCGUGAUGAAGUUUCGAAGGAUGUAAUCACAAAAUAUUCUCCCUUUUCUACUGCUCUUGAAACCCUCCAGAAGCAGAUUAACUAUACUUUUGAUCGUAUUGAUCUUCUCCGACGUGCAAUGACCCAUGCUUCAUUUUCCGAAGAGAACAACCGAGCCUUAAGCAUUCUUGGCACGAGCAUUAUAGAAACAUCUGUAUCCUUCCGCUAUCUUUUGGAUGAUAUUGAUACUUCCUCAAAAUCUCUGAACCUUAAGAUAGCAGAGGUAUGUAAUGUGGAGUCCUCUUGUUCUGUGGAUGGGAUGCGCCUCGGGUUGCACAAAGUCGUCAGAGUCUCUCACAACACUAACUCUACCACCCCUGCCAUAGUCUGUGGCUCUUUCCGUGCAAUAUUUGGAGCUGUUGCCCUUGAUUCAGGAAAUUCUGAUGAUGCUGCAAAAGUGUUCUGGAAUGUCCAUACCCGCAGAGGUCAAUUUGCUGCUGCCUCUUAGGUAAGUUCCAGGGCUUGAAUGUUACUGCAUCCUACGAUGAAGUUAUGCUAUAUGAAUAUUUUGUUAGCUUGAUGGUGUUUAUAUGUAGUAUUAAGUAUUAACUAUAUGUGUACCCUAAUACUAGAAUAACCCAGGAUUUUGCUGAUCUCAAUCACAGUACGGCUUUUCAUGUGCGUGAAGCUUGCAUUUCUAUAUAGUCUGUAGGAACAUGGAUAAAUGCCAAUAUAAGAGGUCUUUGUGAUAUAUGAAGGAAAAACUUAUUAUAAUCA